AGCCAUGUCCGGUAAGAAGAAGCCACAAACAUAUAGUACAUGUGAGAAAUGCAGCUGCACAGUACUUGCAAAAGACAUUCAACGGCAUAGCGACUUAUGCUCCGUGUCACCGGUAAAUUGGGAGAUAUCGCUGAUCAAACCGCGAUGCCUUAUGAAAGGUUUCGUCACUCAGUUUGAGAAGUGGGAAGAGUACAUGCCUCCCGACGCUAGUGGAUGGCUUCGGCGACAUUCGGUUUUAAUACAUCCUCAAGCUAUGGAGAUUCUUAGCGUGUCUCCAAGACAGCCUGUUCGUGUUUGUACACCCCUCCGUGAGUAUAUAGCCGUAAUCUGGCCUUGCAAAGAGUUAGGAGCGAUGCGAAUAGCACUUACGGAAGAAAAUGCACCAUGGGAUAAGCUGGCCACUAUCAUUCCUGUUUGGGAUCCUGUAUCGCUACAGCAAGUCUCCGUUUCAGUGAAAGGAUGCUCAUUUCCAAUCACUGAGUCUCUUCAAGAUUACAUCCAGGUAUUCCUGACCAACGCAUAUGUACAGCCUGGAAUUGAUAUACCAGUCAGUUAUUUUGGCAAGAUUCUCGAGGUAAUACCUGAAACUCCAUUAGAGAUUUCUGUGAAGAAGAUGUCCAUGGAAGAGGGAGAACUUGAGCCGGACAACGUCAUCUUUAUCAGCAGCGGUUGCAUUGUAACGAUAGCUGGACAAAAUGCGCGGCCAUCUGUGUCGUCAGAUAGAUUGAAGCCUCUGAAAACUAUCGGAGGCAUGCAUACCGCCAAGAAUACCCUUUUGGAAUUUGUCGUAGAGCCAUUUUUGAGGGACAGUAGUUGCUGUUCCAUACUGCUUUGGGGUUUGCCGGGCAGCGGGAAGACUUUGCUUCUAUCAACUGUUGCCAAGGUUUUGGGCGAGCGUGCAUCCUACUACCAUUCUAUGGACAAGCUUUAUGAGCAUUAUGCAUUGAUUCCGCCUGGAAAUGUGGUGAUACUUGAUUGGCAGCAGGUCGACAGAGAACACAAAGGCUUUGCCAAAUUAUGCCAGCUGCUUGAUGAUGGAUUAUGUGCUGCGAUUAUACUUUCUGUUCGUCAAGCUGAAGAUCUCGAUCUUGGGAUUAGAGUGCGAUUUCCGGUGGAAGUUGAAGUGGACGUACCUAUGGAAGAGGAGCGUCUUGAAAUCUUAUCUGCUCUGACCGGACGUUCGGCUGACAGUGUUCUCAUAGAAUUAGCUAGGCGUACCCACGGUUUCACUGGGGGCGAUCUGAAGUCAGUUGUUACUGCUGCUCGGUUCACAAAGGGAGAUACCGAAAAUGAGAGACUAGAGAAUGCGCGGAAACGCGUGCGACCUACCGGCAUCCGGCAAUUUAUACUAGAAGUUCCCAAUGUGCGCUUCGAUGACAUCGGUGGAAAUGAAGAACUGAAGCUUGAAAUUCAACAGGCGGUCAUUUGGCCUAGACAGCAUAAGGAUGCAUUUGAGAGAUUUGGCAUCGAUCCUCCUUCAGGAAUUUUACUCUACGGGCCUCCUGGCUGCAGCAAAACGCUUGUUGCUCGUGCUCUUGCUAAUGAGUCGAAGAUGAACUUCCUUGCUGUCAAGGGUCCGGAGUUGUUUAGCAAGUGGGUUGGAGAGUCGGAGAAAGCGAUUCGCGACUUGUUUGCCAGAGCUAGGCAGGUAGCUCCGACUAUAGUGUUUUUUGAUGAAAUAGAUGCUGUUGGCGCUUCAAGGGGAUCAGAAAAAAGCUCAGGUGUGUCGGAUCGCGUUUUGGCACAGCUGCUCACUGAACUGGAUGGACUUGAAAAGCAAAGCGGUGUCCUUCUCCUCGCUGCCACUAAUCGACCAGAUCAGCUCGACAGCGCAUUGCUAAGGCCAGGUCGUCUCGACAGAGUGAUCUAUGUGGGGCUUCCGGAUGGUAUUACAAGAAGGGAGAUUAUCAAAAUGCGGACAUCCCGGAUGAUGCUGGCGGAAGAUGACAUUGUAGAAAAGCUUGUAAAUAGAACAAAUGGUUAUUCCGGUGCGGAAAUCGUUGCAGUCUGUCGACAAGCAGCAUUGCUAGCAAUGCGAGAAAAUAUCAAUGCAGAGUCUGUACAAUGGAAGCACUUUGAAGAAACACUAACGACAAUCGUUCCACGAACGGAUCGCGAAAUGCUCAGUGCGUAUGAAAAGUUCAAGAGAGGUGUGGUAUAGAAAAUUUUUGUUUUUGUGCUUUUGUCAUGUUGUGAACUUCAUACAACU